CCAGUAGUAACAUUUACAAAUGUCUCAGUUCACUUUGUUUUUGAUAUGUUCUCUUAUUUUUUCAACUGUACAUUGUACACAUCAAAAUAAAAAGAGACUUCUAUUGAAUGAUCCCGAUGUUGUUGCAAACAGAUUCAAACAAUUGGAACUUGAAAUUCAGACUAUGAAAUCUGAAAUACUAUCAAUAAAGACCGAAUCACAACAGAAGACAACAAGGAUUUAUCAACUCGAAACCAAACUUCAAAGUUUAUCAGAGUUUGCUGGGUCUGUCUAUACUCGCUGGGGUCGGAAGGAUUGUUCAGGAAAUGAAACUGAACUUGUAUACACAGGAAUUGCAGGUGGUGCUUGGUAUGACUAUUCCGGAUCUGCAGUGAACACUCUUUGCCUCCCUCACAACCCUGAUGUUAUAAAUGAAGAUCUUAAAAAAAAUCCUUUUUACAAGGAUUUUUUAUACGGGGCUGAAUAUCAAGAUAAUUACUUUGCCGAAAACUUGGACGGUAACGAUGUUCCGUGUGCUGUAUGCAGAGCAAAACAUUCAUCGUCUAUUCUUAUGAUACCUGGAAAAACGUCGUGUUCAGGAUCAUGGAAAAUAGAAUACAAUGGACGGUUAGCUAGUGGGCAUUAUAACCAUCAUGCCGGGUCACAGUAUGUUUGCAUGGAUAUGAAUCCUGAAGUUCUUGAAAAAGGAUCCACUGACCAUAACGGAAAGCUUUUUGUAGGUGUACAAGCCAAAUGUGGAUCCCUUAGUUGUCCUCCUUAUCAUGAUAACGUUAUGGUUUCAUGUGUCGUUUGUUCUGGAUAA